CGCUAAAAUGUAAAUGCAAAAGUCAAGCGAAGCUUCUUCAACAACAAAAUCGAACGACAACAAAUUAGAAACCAGCCUCGAGACGAAUAUUCGAAUAAAUACGAAUAUACAAAUAUACGAAUAUACGAGUACACGCCCCCUUUCCCCUUACCGCCUUUCCCCCUCUGCGAUAACCAGGUUCCCACAUUGCUGAGUCGUAGCUGCGAAAAUACGACUACUGGGCAAUUAAAAGUCGAGCAACUCGACUUAGUUUUUAAUGUAACUUUUUUUUUUUGUGCGCUUCGAUGAGAAUUUGAAUUGACGCAGUGAAAUUGUGGACUAUGUUUUGGCGAGAAAAUGCAGCACAGCAGCAACAACAACAACAACAACAGCACGACCUACAACAACAGCAACAACAACAACCGAAGCGUUUAAGCUUUAGUUUUAAUGUAAAAAUUGCUGUGAAUGUGAAUACAAAAAUGACAACAACGCACAUGAGCUGCAAUGAGGGUUUGAGUCCCAGCUCCGGUCACUCGCGAUCUCGUACACGUUCCCGUUGCGGUUCCCGUUCCGGUUCACAUUCCCAUUCCCAUUCCCAUUCCCGUUCCCGUUACCCGAUACAAACGGAGACCACACAUCUUGUGGGCUGGCGACAGCAAUUCUCGCAUUUGGGCCAACAACUUGGCCAACAUGUCAAUUGGAAAGGAGCUGAAAAGUCAUUAUCAGUUCACGGUGGCAUCUCGACCAUAUUGAUUGUGAAUUUGCUGCUGCUGUUGUUGCUCUCGCUCUGCUGUGAUGUCUGUUGUCGCUCCCAUGCCGAGACACUCAACUACACAGCAACAUCAGCAACAUCAGCAAUACCAACAACAACAACAACGACAGCAACAGCAACAGCAGGUGUGACACCUCAUCGUCCCCUGCCGCCCGCCCUACCACCCUUUCAGUUUCCAGCGAAUAUGCGUCCCACGCUGGACAGCGAUGUGGUUGAAAAGGUCGCCGUGUGGAAUAAACAUGUCGGUGCCGUUGCCGAGGGCAUUGCCAUCAGCAGUGUGGCAAUGCCACCAAUGCAACCACCCAAUCUCCCCAACACUCCUCUCAAGCAACAACAACAAGAAGAUCAAUCUGUACAACUACAACUCCAUCAUCAGCCUCAUCCUGAUGAGGAAUUCGAUGUGCCCAUCGAUGAACGCGUCGUCCUAGAGCGAGUCACUCGCGAUUGUGUGCAGCGCUGCAUUGUGGAGGAGGAUCUGUUUCUCGACGACUUUGGCAUCAGGUGUGAAAAGGCCGACAACAGUGACAAGUGUUAUAAAACGAGGUGUACCAAGGGCUGUGCUCAAUGGUAUCGAGCCUUAAAGGAGAUCGAGUCGUGUCAGGAGGCUUGCGCAUCCACACAAUUUUAUCCAUUCGAUAUGCCCUGCAUUGGAGCCUGCGAGAUGGCGCAGCGGGAUUAUUGGCAUCUGCAGCGAGUGGCGAUGACGAAGCUGGUGGAGACGACGCAGCCGCAGCUUGUGGAGAUUCCUGGUGAAUCCGCCACAUUGACCAUCAAAUGGGCCAUGCACUUUCCGGAGAACUAUUUGGCCAGUCGACCCUUUAACAUACAAUAUCAGCAAGUGGAUAAGGAGGAGGAGCAGGAAGAUAAGGGGAUAGAGACGAAGAAUGAAGAUCAAUCUUCUGUCUGGCAUAACAUGGCCGACUAUGACUGUGAUGAGUAUUAUGUGUGCGAGAUUCUGGAGGCGCUGAUACCCUACACUCGCUAUAAGUUUCGUUUCGAGUUGCCCUUUGGAGAGAGCAGCGAGGAUGUGCUUUAUUCUCCAGCCACGCCCACAUAUCAAACGCCCAUGGCGGGUGCUCCGAUCUCAGCGCCGAUCAUUGAAUCGCUGCUGGCGCUGGACGAGAAUCAUGUGGCAAUACACUGGCAACCAGGACGCUUUACCAAUGCUCCUCUCAAGGGCUAUCGCAUCCGGUUAAGCAGUGCCAGCAACAGUUCGAUUAAUCGCGAAGAGCUGUUGUCUGCAUCACGUUACAGCUUCAUCUUUGACGAGUUGCAGCCACUGACGAAUUACUCCGUGGAAUUGGCGAUGAUUAAUCAACAAGGAAAAGGUCCAGCUGCCAUCUCGAGUAUUGUAACGAAAUCGGAAAUGCAAUCGCAACAAUUGCAGGGUGUUAUUCUAGCCAGCGAACACAAAAUCAUGUGGCAAUCACUGGAACCAGUCGGUGAAACCAGACUUAUUUACAAAACAGAGACGGAUACCAUCAGUGAUUUCACCUACUCGGAACGUGAUCAGCAGUUGUGGCUCUUGAACUCCUUGGGCCAGCUGCAUAGGCAACAGCUGGAAGAGACAAUUCCCGCAAGAAAUCUUCCUCUCAAAUUGAACUCUAGUCAAUGGUUGCCACGUCGACUGUGCCUUGACUGGUUGCAGCAACGUCUCUAUCUGGGAGUAGAGUCAAAAGAAGAGAAUAAUCGGGUCUAUCAAUUGUUUAGCUGUGACUUGGAUGGUGGCAAUCUGCAGCUGGAAGACAAUGGAGAAUUAGGAGUGGAGCUACAACAGCUGGAAAUGGAUGCCGUGAACGGUUGGAUCUUUUUCCAUGAUGGACAAAUCAUUUGGCGUCUGGAUUUGCAUUCCAAGCAGCGAUUGCAAUUGUAUAAAGCGAACAAAUUGUCACAUUUUGUGUUGAUGCCACAACGUUGGCUACUCCAAGUGCUUCUUCUGCAUGUGGAGGAUGAACCGCUCCUGGAGCUGAGCUACGAUGGCAGCUACAAGUCGCCUUUGGCAUUGCCCGAUGGCAGCUGGCAGAGAUUUGAUUUAUCCAUGGAUAAACACCAACAACUGCUGGCAAAUGGAACGCAUCUUCAACUUCUGGAGCGGCACACACUGAACUGCAGGGAAUCAUCCUGUGUAACAUCGUGGCCUUUGCAGGAGCCGCUGUUGAAACUCCUGGCCAUUGAGAGACAUCGUCAGCCCUUGGCCCUGGAGGCAUCUGUGCCCAGGAAGCUACGUGCGCUGCUUGGCGCGCAGUCGGCUCAGAUUUCGUGGCAAGAGCCGUCAUUGAAUCCCUACCAGACGCUGACGUCGCCGGCCCGCAAUUGCAGCUACGAGUUGGAGGUGCUUGACGUGGCCAGCCAAAGUGCCUACAAUAUUAGGAAUAUCCGUAGUGCUUACUAUGGCCUGGAGCGUCUACAGCCCGAUAAUCUCUACCAGCUGCGUGUAAGGUCGAUCAAUGCGGCCGGCAAGGCGGGCGAAUGGACGCAGGUACUGCUCUCCCGUACCUGGCCACGUGGCGAGCAUCGAUUGCGUUGGUCCACACAAAGUGGACAUCUCUAUACAACCAAUGAGCUUGGCUCUCAACUUAAAUUGAUUGCUGCCCACUUGGCAGAAGGUCCUGGUCCGCUCUCUCUGCUCAAUGCCAGCCUCGCCUACUACGUCAGCAGGGAAUCCGUGAGGAAUUCCAUGCUGCACUGCAUAAAUCUGCUGCAGCCUCAAUUGAGGUGCAUGGCGCCCAACGGUGCAAUUCAUGUGGGAGCUAUGGCCUACGAUUGGCGUGGUGGUUUCCUCUACUGGAUGGAUCUGCGACGGGACUGUGUACAGCGUCUGGAUCCAUGGCAUGGCAUUAGGGAAUUACUUCCCAUAUUUGGAGUGCAACAUUUGGCAUUGGAUUCGGAGCAAGGACAUAUAUAUUAUUCAAGUGCCACACACUUGGCGCGACGUCCAUUAAAUGCGCUGUUGACACAGCAGCCGGAGUUGGAGUACUACCAUGUGAACGGCUUGACGGGAGGUAUUAAUGGAUUUACUUUGGAUUUACAGCAACGUCAGAUUUACUGGCUGGUGGAUGCACACGCCGGAUUGCAUCUAUAUCGUGCUUCACUCUCCUCACCAUCAGCUGAACCGCUGCAGCUGCUGGCGACCUUUCCCCAGGCGGAUGCAGUACCUCAAACACUGCAAUUUCUGGCUCCUUUGGGUGCACUACUCUGGCUCUCGGCGGAUGCGAAAAGUGCGCAACUGUUGCGUCUGUCGGAGACGGAACCGUUAACACUCUUGCCGCAGGGUCUUGAGGAAUCCUUGACGGCUGUACAACUGCUGGAGGCAUCGGCUAAUGCGCCCGAUUCCGGCGUAAGUCCGAUGGCUGUGCUGCCGGACAGCAUUCGGAUCGAUGAGGGCGGUCACUGGAAUGACUUCCGUUUGCGUUGGCAACCCGCCACAAGUGGUGGCAAUCAUAGUCUGGUCUACAAACUGCUCCUGGAGCAUGGUCCUGAACGUUUCAUCGCCUUGGAGCUGGCCACGCCCUUUGCCCGCAUCACACAGCUGUCGCAGGCGCCAUUUAAUCUCCGGGUGAGCAUUACGCCGCACUCCGCUUGGCGUGCUGGACCCACCACCAAAGUCCAACUGGCCACGCCCAUUGCCGCGCCCACCCAGCCCCGCAGAUUGCGCGUCUUUGUCGAGCGCCAGGCGGAGCCUUUGCAGCUGGAGCCGAAUGUGAGCGCCCUACUCCGUUGGGAUGUGCCAGAGGAGGAGCAUGUGGAUCAGUCGCUGCAGUACCGCAUCAGCUGCUGGCGAGGCACUGAACUCCAUGCGGAACUCCUGCUCAACCAGAGCACUCUGGAGGCUCGAGUCGAGCAUUUGCAGCCGGAGGAGACAUAUCGCUUUCAGGUGCAAGCGCAUGUGGCAGCGACGGGAAUUGCGGCAGGUGCGACGAGUCAUGCGUUGCAUGUGUCUCCCGAGGUGCAGUCGGUGCCGCGGCUGCUGUAUGCGAAUGCGGAGCAUAUUGGGCAAUUGGAUCUGGAUACGGCAGCCCGACGACAGCUGGUACACACCGCGAGUCCUGUGGAGCAUUUGGCCUUGCUGCAAGGGGAACACCGAUUGCUUUGGGUCAACGAGCAUGUGGAGCUGCUCAGUCAUGUGCCCGGUACAGCGCCAUCGAAGCUCGCCAGAAUGAGGGCCGAGGUACUCGCUCUCACUGUCGAUUGGGUGCAACGCAUUGUCUAUUGGGCGGAAUUGGAUGCCUCAUCGCAGCCGCCGGCGGCAUGUAUUUAUCGCCUGGAUCUCUGUCGCUUCGACGGACGCAUCCUGCAAGGGGAACGUCUGUGGAACACACAGCCGGGACAGCUACUUCGUGAUCUUGUGGCGUUGCCACAUUCCCGUCUACUCGUCUGGUUGCAACAUGACAUUGGAGCACGAAACUCCACCUUGCAGGGACGCAGUUUGGUCAACGGCAGCACCUUGAGUUUCGAGGGCGUCACAUUCCCUUUGUGGCGCCUCUUUGAGGGCAGCCAGGAGCCUGCAGCGGAGACGCUCAAUCUGGUGGAUCAUCUAGGACGACUCUGCGUCUACCAUGUGGCAAGGAUGCUGUGCACACCGACCGCGUUGCGGGCACAAUUGAAUCUGCUGAGCGAUGACAUCUCACAGUUGGCCCAGGAUCCGGGCUACAUUUACGCCCUGCGCAAUGGGAGUGUGCGUGCUUAUGGCCGACGUCGCCAGCAGCUGGAGUAUCUGCUGGAACUGCAGCCGGAUGAGGUACGGCUGCUGCGCGCCUACAACUAUCAAGCGUAUCCGAGCCGACAUUGUCUGCUGCUACCCACGUUGGGCGCCAUUGAGGAAACGAGCUGCGAGGAGACGCAGUGCCAUCUUCGGUUGCCUUUGCUAACUGCCGCUGCGGAUUGUGUUUUACCCGUGCCUGGUCUCAAUUAUGAACUGAACCUCACCUCCCCACACUCGCAGUUGCGGCAGCUACAGGGCCUCGCUGGCGAAACCCUAAACAUCACCGGGUUGCAGCCGUUUCGAGGCUACGAACUACGCGUUCGCAUCUACAGCUACUACCAGAGACGUCUAGGUCACGAUCCCUUGCAGCUCUCCCCUUUGAAGCUGCACACGGCAGCUGCCACGCCCAGUGCGCCUCGGAACUUUACUGGAAGGGCCUUGAGUCCAACGGAAGUGGAGAUCAGCUGGCUGGCGCCGUUGCAGCUGCGGAGCGAUAGCGUCUACUAUACGCUGCACUGGCAGCUCCAAGAUGAGCAUGAGGAUAAGAAGCAGGAGCAAGAGGGAGAAGGACAGGAGACAGAUAAAGAGCAGGUGCAUCAUCCCGAGCAGGAGCAGCGGGUGGAGAAGGCAGGAACCCAACGCCUUACAGGCUUACAGCCCGGACAUCUCUAUCAGGUGUGGCUGCACGCGCAUGCCACGCCCAGUAAAUACAAUAGCACUGGACGUCUGCUCAUCCGUUGCUAUGCCCCAUUGCCGGCUUUGCAGCUGCUCGAGUUGAAUGCCUAUGCCAUGACACUGUCCUGGGCAGGCACACCAGAUGCCCUCAACUCCUUGAGCCUCGAAUGUCAGUCGCUAAGGGAGCAACUUCACUUUAAUCUCGUCGGAAAUUACAGCUCAAUAAAGCUGCUCUCCUUGCAGCCCAAGACGAGGUAUUCCUGUCGUCUGGGAUUGGAAUAUGCCGCUUCUCCAGGUGCUCCUGUCUACUACGGCGUAAGUCAUGACUAUGAAACGCUUGGAGAUGCUCCAAGUGCGCCUGGUAAGCCACAGUUUGAGCAUAUUGCCGGUGAGAUAUUUCGUGUGAGCUGGGCACCCGCUCAGGAGAAUGGAGCACCCAUUUUGCUCUACAAUCUGGAGGCAUUGCAGGCACGACGCACCAAUCGGCGUCGACGUCGUCGUCGGGACACUACGUUAUCGCUGCUGCCGUGGGCCGAGGAGCCGGCGGUCAUUGAGGAUCAAUGGCUGGACUUUUGCAAUACAACGGAACUGAGCUGCAUUGUCCGAGAUUUGCACACGCGUCGAUUGCUCCUGUUCCGUGUUCGUGCUCGGAAUCGUCCUCAUGGCUGGGGACCCUACAGCGAGGAGAGUGAUCGCAUCGCUGAGCCCUUUGUCUCACCGGAGAAGCGAGGCUCCCUCGUCCUGGCGAUUAUUGCGCCCGCAGCCAUUGUCUCCAGUUGUGUACUCGCCCUCGUGCUCAUUCGCAAGGUGCAAAAGCGUCGUCAUCGCGCCAAGAAAUUGUUGCAGCAGAGCCGUCCCAGCAUUUGGAGCAACCUGUCGGUACUGCAGACGCAACAACAAUUGCUGGCGGCACGUAGUCGAACCUUCUCCAUGUCGCUGAGCGAUGCGGACAUUGCGCUUUUGCCACAGAUCAGUUGGAAUCGCUUGACUCUGUUGCGGUUCCUUGGCAGUGGCGCCUUUGGCGAGGUCUACGAGGGUCAACUCCAGGGCGAGAAUAAAGCACAGCCGCAGCGUGUCGCCAUUAAGAGCCUGCGCAAGGGCGCCACCGAAUUUGCGGAGCUGCUGCAGGAGGCGCAGCUGAUGAGCAACUUCAAGCACGAGAACAUUGUCUGUCUCAUUGGCAUCUGCAUCGACAGUGAUUCCAUCUCACUCAUUAUGGAGCACAUGGAGGCCGGUGAUCUGCUCAGCUAUCUGAGAGCGGCACGCUCAAGCUCACAGGAGACACAGCCUGGACUGCAGUUGCCGGAUCUGUUGACCAUGUGCCUGGACGUGGCCAAUGGCUGUAGCUAUAUGGAGGACAUGCACUUUGUGCAUCGAGAUCUCGCCUGUCGCAAUUGUUUAGUGUCGGAUGGCGCUGCGAUUGGAGGACGACGCAUUGUGAAAAUCGGUGACUUUGGACUCGCCAGAGAUAUCUACAAGAGCGACUAUUAUCGGAAGGAGGGCGAGGGUCUGUUGCCCGUCCGUUGGAUGGCGAUCGAGAGUCUCGUGGAUGGCAUCUUUAGCACACAGUCGGAUGUGUGGGCCUUUGGCGUUCUCUGCUGGGAGAUUCUCACUCUGGGCCAGCAACCAUAUGCAGCACGCAACAAUUUCGAGGUGCUUGCCCAUGUCAAGGACGGGGGACGACUUCAUCCGCCGGAUCCGUGUCCCGAGAAGCUUUAUUCGCUGAUGCUGCAAUGUUGGCGCUCGGAGCCUUGGGAGAGACCCAGUUUUAAGCACUGCUACAAUACAUUGCAGGGAAUUAGCACAGAACUCAGCCAGAAUGAAAUGUCGGCAAUUGAGGAAAGCAGCUUUAAUAGUGGCAACUCUGGCAACGCUAGCAGCCAGAAAACCGAGGCGAGAGUGCGUUUCGAUGAGGCGACAACUGUCGACCGUUUGUCGCUGGACAAUGAGACCAAAGAUGCGAUCAGCAAUAGUCACAACAUUGCUGGCACCGCAACCAGAGCAAUAACCACCGCAACAAUCACCGCAACAAUCACCGCAACCGCCGACAGCACAAGCAAAGCCUCUGAAAAUCGACAGCUUUAUGCAAAUGAGGGUAUAUCGCGGCUGUGAACAACAUGAAUUCGAAUUUCAACUGCAACUGCAACUGCAGCUCAAAUUGUUAAAUAUGUACCAUGCCCACUUUUCCACCCGCCCACAGCACACACUCGCACACACACACACACACACAUCUAUACUCACAUAAGAGGACAAUGUUUCAAUAGAAAUAACAACUCUAGCAUUAUGGUUUCUAUUUAAUCGAACUACUUUUGUACUGAACCUAAGCGAUAAAGACAAAAAGAUAAACCUCAAGUCUUUUUUCUUCUUUUUUUUUUAUUGUAUAUUUAAGUUAAGCGAUAUAAUAUUGAGCUUUAUAUAUAAAUAAAUUACAUAAAUAUACUCGUAACUAUUUUACGACAAAAAUACU